AUGGUUCAGUCCUCAGUUUUAGGUUUCCCACGUAUUGGUGGCCAAAGAGAGUUGAAAAAAAUCACCGAGUCUUACUGGGGUGGUAAAGUUGGUGUUGACGAGUUGAUUGCUACUGGUAAACAGUUGAGAGAACACAAUUGGAAGUUGCAACAACAAGCUGGUGUUGAUGUUAUUCCAUCAAACGAUUUCUCAUUCUAUGAUCAAGUAUUGGAUUUGUCCUUAUUGUUCAAUGCUAUUCCAGAAAGAUACACCAAGUUUGAUUUAGCUCCAAUUGACGUUUUGUUCGCUAUGGGCAGAGGUUUGCAAAGAAAAGCCACUGAUUCAACUCCUGCAGUUGAUGUUACCGCUUUGGAAAUGGUUAAAUGGUUUGACUCAAACUACCAUUAUGUGAGACCAACUUUUUCUCACUCUACUGACUUUAAAUUAAACACUGCUGCUGGAAUCAAACCAGUUGACGAAUUCAAUGAAGCUAAAGCAUUGGGUAUCAAAACUAGACCUGUUCUUUUAGGUCCAGUUUCCUACUUGUAUUUGGGUAAAGCCGAUAAAGAUUCUUUAGAUUUGGACCCUAUUUCUUUAUUGCCUAAACUUUUACCAGUUUACCAAGAAUUAUUGGCCAAGUUGAAGGACGCUGGUGCUGAAGAAGUUCAAAUUGAUGAACCAGUUUUGGUGUUGGAUUUGCCAGAAUCAGUUCAAUCCAAGUUCAAACAAGCUUAUGACUCUUUGGCUACUGCUGAAGCACCAAAAUUGAUUUUAACAACUUACUUUGGUGAUGUGAGACCAAACUUGAAAGCAAUUGAAAACUUGCCUGUUGCUGGUUUCCACUUUGACUUUGUUAGAGUUCCCGAGCAGUUGGAAGAAGUUGCUUCAAUUGUUAAAGGUGACCAAACUUUAUCUGUCGGUGUUGUUGAUGGUAGAAAUAUCUGGAAAACUGAUUUUUCCAAGGCCUCUGACAUUGUUAACAAGGCAAUUGAUAAAGUAGGUAAAGACAAGGUUGUUGUUGCCACCUCGUCGUCUUUGUUACAUACUCCAGUUGAUUUGGAAUCUGAAGCAAAAUUGCCAGCUGAAAUCAAGGACUGGUUUUCAUUUGCUACUCAAAAAUUAGACGAAGUUGUUGCUAUUGCUAAACACAUUUCUGGCGAAGACGUUUCAGAGAAAUUCGACGCUAAUGCCGCUUCAAUCAAGGCUAGAAAAGAAUCUUCAAUCACCAACAAUCCUAAGGUUCAAGAAAGAUUAACAACCAUUAACGAACAAUUGGCAACUAGAAAAGCUGCUUUCCCAGAAAGAUUAGAGGCCCAAAAGGCUAAGUACAACUUGCCAUUGUUCCCAACAACCACAAUUGGAUCCUUCCCUCAAACUAAGGAUAUCAGAGUCAAUAGAAACAAAUUUGCCAAGGGGCAAAUCACAGCUGAAGAAUAUGAACAAUUUAUUAAUAAGGAGAUUGAAACUGUGGUUAGAUUCCAAGAAGAGAUUGGUUUAGACGUUUUGGUCCACGGUGAGCCUGAAAGAAAUGAUAUGGUUCAAUACUUUGGAGAACAAUUGGAUGGUUUUGCUUUCACUACCAACGGUUGGGUUCAAUCUUAUGGUUCAAGAUACGUUAGACCACCAAUUAUCGUUGGAGAUGUUUCCAGAGCAAAAGCUAUGACUGUUAAAGAAUCCGUUUAUGCUCAAUCAUUGACCAAGUCCCCAAUGAAAGGUAUGUUGACUGGUCCAGUCACUAUUUUGAGAUGGUCUUUCCCAAGAGAUGACGUUUCAGGUAAGAUUCAAGCAUUGCAAUUGGGAUUGGCUUUGAGGGAUGAAGUCAAUGACUUGGAAAAAGCUGGUAUUACUGUUAUUCAAGUUGACGAACCUGCUAUUAGGGAAGGUUUGCCUUUGAGGGCCGGUAAAGAAAGAUCUGACUACUUGAACUGGGCUGCACAAUCAUUUAGAGUUGCUACUUCUGGUGUUGAGAACUCAACUCAAAUCCACUCCCACUUUUGUUAUUCAGACUUGGAUCCAAACCACAUCAAGGCUUUAGAUGCUGAUGUUGUUUCUAUUGAGUUCUCCAAGAAGGAUGAUCCUAAUUACAUUCAAGAAUUUUCCGAAUAUCCAAACCAUAUUGGUUUAGGUUUGUUUGAUAUCCACUCACCAAGAAUUCCAUCCAAACAGGAGUUUGUCUCUAGAAUCGAAGAGAUUUUGAAGGUGUACCCAGCCAACAAAUUCUGGGUCAAUCCAGAUUGUGGGUUAAAGACUAGGGGAUGGACAGAAGUUAAAGAGUCAUUGACAAAUAUGGUUAAUGCUGCUAAAGACUUUCGUGCUAAAUACUAA